UGAGAUUGUCUGUGACCCAGUGUCGGUAGAGCUUUAAUGGUGGUGUAGUUUAGCGAGCACACCUCAUCGUAGUAGCAGCGCAGCAGCAGCAGCCAUCGAGGCAAACAGCGCAUCGUCAUCAACGUCAUCAGCAUCAAUCGAAGGUAGGAAAAACGGUAUACCUCACAACAAGAGAGCUAGCUUGUAAAAUUAGAAGAUGCGGUCAUCUACAGCGUUUCUGAUUCUUUGCCUGGCGGUCGUCGGAGCAUACGCCUCGUACGGUCGCAGCAGAGGCGGCGGCGGAUACGGAAGAAGUCGCGGAUACGGAGGCGGCGGAUACGGAGGAGGGCGUAGUGGUAGUGGCUACGGAGGCGGCGGAUACGGAGGAGGGCGUAGCUACGGAGGCGGCGGUCGCGGAUAUGGAGGAGGCGGAUACGGAGGAGGACGUAGUGGAUACGGAGGCGGCGGAUACGGAGGCGGCGGAUACGGCGGCGGCGGCGGCGGUCACGGCGGCGGUCACGGCGGCGGAUACGGCUACAAGCCGUCGUACUACUACGGUUACUUGCACAAGCACACGACGACCACGCACUCCCCGUACGUGUACUUCAAGAGGCAUACCAUCCCCUACGAAGAUUUGUACGAGUCCACCUACACGGAUCACUACGUGUUCCACACACCAAGCCCGUGCUACGGAUACCAUUGUAAAUCAGGCGGAUACGGAGGAGGCGGCGGCGGAUACGGAGGCGGUGGUGGUCAUGGUGGUGGUCACGGUAGUAGUGGCGGCUACGGAAAGAAGAAGUAAACGAUACGCGGCAGAGUAACCAUAUUGUGCCUUGGCCAUGCAACAGUUUGAUUAAAUUCGCAGUUUUUUAUAUUUCGGGUAAAAAAAUGUCUAAACGGCAGGCUGGUCAAAGACUAACCUUAACGCACUGAGGCUCUCAAACUUGUCUACACGCUCAUUUUGCGAUUACAAUGCUACGAUUCUAGAUACAAUCGUGUCGUGUUACAUCAGAACGUCUUACAUCGUUGACGUCAGAAGAGAUGGCAAUAGCAUAUUUUUGAUCUAUUUUAGUUCACCAAAGCAACCUCUUUAUUUCUCUCAACUGCCCUUGGUUCAAAAAUCGCUCAAAGUAACCACAGAUGAAAGUCUAGACAAAUGUUAGCAAAUUGGGAGAUGUAGUUCAAGUCGUCGUUCUACACAACAAAAAGGGUCAACGAGUUAAAUUACGUUUCGAUCAGUGCAUCGAUCAGGUGUCAAUGUUAAUUAACUAUUGGGAGCAAUUGUGCAAAACCUCAAGAGCGGAGGAUUCCCGUGUAGGAGUGAAUGAAGAUGACCUGCUGGACAGCAGCGCCGCCUAGUGGCCGUUGUCGCUCGUCCCAGGUAACCGACCGCCAUCUAUCCGCGGAAUAAGCAACUAAUCGAGUUCAAUACAGCAGACAGAGCGGACAGAAAUGCGUUUCGAUGGAAAGAUAACGAGCCGAAACGAAUUUUAUUU